CCGAGGCGCAAUGCCCACCUGGGAGCACGUAGAGAAGGGCGGGGCGAGCCAGGGGGCGUGGCCUGGCUCGCCCCCGCCCCCUCCGCCGAGAUCGGGGGCGGGGCCUCCCUCCAACCUGCGCCGCUCCAACAUGGCUCCGCGGUUGUGCAGCAUCUCCGUGAGCGCGCGGCGGCUGCUGCGGAGCCCUGGGCCCCGCACCGGGGACGGCGCGGCUGCAGCUGCGGCGCGUUUCUACUCCAAGGACAAUGAAAGCAGCUGGUUCCGCUCCCUCUUCGUCCACAAGGUGGACCCCCGGAAGGACGCCCACUCUACCCUGCUGUCCAAGAAGGAGACCAGCAACCUCUACAAGAUCCAGUUUCACAAUGUGAAGCCUGAGUGUCUGGAUGCCUACAACAGCCUCACGGAGGCCGUGCUGCCCCAGCUGCACUUGGAUGAGGACUAUCCCUGCUCGCUCGUGGGCAACUGGAACACGUGGUAUGGGGAGCAGGACCAGGCAGUGCACCUGUGGCGAUUCUCAGGCGGCUACCCAGCCCUCAUGGACUGCAUGAACAAGCUCAAAAACAACAAGGAAUACCUGGAAUUCCGGAAGGAGCGGAGCCGGAUGCUGCUGUCCAGGAGGAACCAGCUGCUUCUGGAGUUCAGCUUCUGGAACGAGCCACAGCCCAGAGCCGGUGGGAACAUCUAUGAGCUGAGGACCUACAAGCUCAAGCCAGGAACCAUGAUCGAGUGGGGGAACAACUGGGCCCGGGCCAUCAAAUACCGGCAGGAGAACCAGGAGGCUGUGGGCGGCUUCUUCUCACAGAUAGGGGAGCUCUACGUUGUGCAUCACCUCUGGGCCUAUAAGGACCUGCAGUCUCGAGAAGAGACUCGAAACGCUGCCUGGAGGAAGCGGGGCUGGGAUGAAAAUGUUUACUAUACAGUCCCCUUGGUGCGACACAUGGAGUCUCGGAUCAUGAUCCCCUUGAAGAUUUCUCCUCUCCAGUGAUCCUGCUGAUGCCUCUGCCUCCUUCCCCUUCUCCCUCAGGGCAGCCUGGGACAGCAGCACUCUUGGUCCUGAUUUUUUCUCUCAGCUUUGGAAGGACUCUAAAGAGUAGUGCUUAACUCAAAGCUGACAAUUGUUCUGAGCAUGACAGCAUUUUCCAGAAAACACCUUCUCCCACGCCCACCAAUCUCCUUCCCCCUGCUGGAAGUAGUUUUUUAUUUCCUUGAAUGAAGCAUUAACAACCUUU